CUUUCCAAAAGAACAGGACUCUACCUUCUUUUUCUAUAUAUCCGACCGUUCUCCGUUAUUCUCUUUCUCCCCUAUCUAUUCAAUUCCUGUGCAGUAACUUCUUGUUGCUUUUCACUUAUAGUUAACAACUUUCAUCACUACCAUUACGUGCAUUACAGAUCCAUCAUUCAUCCCAAGUUGGUGGAAGGCGUUGGCUUCGAUUUUUUUGAUAUGGAUUUAGAGUUUGAAUAUCAAGAAGAAUACAGGAGGAACUCAAGGGGAGUGCAACUCUUCACUUGCAAAUGGUUGCCUCUCUCUUCUCCGAAGGGCCUGGUUUUCCUUUGCCAUGGUUAUGGUAUGGAAUGCAGUGGCUUCAUGAGAGAAUGUGGUGUACGGCUAGCGUGUGCCAAAUAUGCUGUGUUCGGUAUGGAUUAUGAAGGGCAUGGACGUUCUGAAGGUGCUCGUUGUUACAUAAAAAAAUUUGAUAACAUCGUUAACGAUUGUUAUGACUUUUUCAAGUCAGUCAGCGAGCUGCAAGAGUAUAAGGCAAAGGCUAGAUUCUUGUAUGGAGAGUCCAUGGGAGGAGCAGUGAGCCUUCUUUUACAUAAAAAGGACCCUUCAUUCUGGGACGGUGCAGUUCUCGUCGCACCCAUGUGUAAGAUAUCAGAGAAGGUGAAGCCACACCCGGUGGUGGUCAACAUAUUAACUAAAGUUGAAGAUAUAAUCCCAAAGUGGAAGAUAGUUCCCACAAAGGAUGUCAUCGAUUCAGCCUUUAAAGACCCUGCUAAACGAGAGAGGAUAAGGAAAAACAAGUUGAUAUACCAGGACAAGCCAAGGCUAAAAACAGCAUUAGAAAUGUUGAGAAUCAGCAUGAGCCUUGAAGACAGCUUAUAUAAGGUGACCCUGCCGUUUUUUGUAUUGCAUGGAGAAGCUGAUACAGUGACAGAUCCAGAAGUAAGCAGGGCAUUAUAUGAGCGAGCCAGUAGCAAAGAUAAGACCAUAAAAUUGUACCCUGGAAUGUGGCAUGGCUUAACAUCGGGGGAGACUGAUGAGAACAUCGAAAAAGUCUUUGCAGACAUUAUAAUGUGGCUAGACAAGCACACCAGCAAUGCCACUCAUGCUUCAUCACAACAAAUUGAGACUUGUAACUAUGGGAUUGAGAGAUUUACAACAGUUGCAUCAUCACCAAAGAUUGUAAAGCAAGCAAACGGGCGAAGAAGCUAUCUUUGUGGGUUGAAAGGAAACCGCAUGCUAUACCACUCAGCAAUUUAAAAUUUUAAAUUGUUGUGCUACUAUGGUAGGGAGUUAGGGACUGUGAUCAUGUGGCAUGUACCUAUAUACCGUUUUAUUAUGUGGCCAUUUCCCCGUGCUCGCCUAAUUGGUAGGAGUCCACUUACAAAAAGUAAAGCGAAAUGUGGCAAAGCUCCAAAUAGCUUCGUUUCACAAAAUUUCCAUUGGGUUAACAUCAAUAACAAAAUUGGAUGAUACUAUAAUUGGGCUAAUAAGCUUAUAAAGUUAUAGUAAUACCAGCAAAACCAAUCUAUACAAGUCCCCUUAAAAGUUAAUAACAAAGAUGCAGAGGAAAGAGAAUUAGAAAAGACAA